AUGACCAUUAUAAAAGAUAUAAUUGGAACAUGUCAUAUAUCAAAUUCAUUAUUAGCAAGUGCAAGACGGAAACUGGAACAUCUCAAGUCCAAAUUUGAGUCCACUUGGACGAAUUCAAGUCCUAUUGUGUCUAGUGAAAAAGUUGAAGAGGAAACUGAAUCGAAAAAGUGA